AUGGGCGGGGACGACGACCUCCCCUACCGCGAGCGCGCGCGGCAGCGGGAGGAGCGCCUCGCGCGCGAGGCCGCGAGGAGGAGCCGCGGGCAGGGCGGCGCGGACCUGGACGACGCCGAGCCGGAGGCGCGAGUCUCGGAGAAAAAGCGGCGGAGGGACGAUGCCGACGACGACGACGACGGUGGCGAGUCGGGGAGCGGCGGCGAUGGGGGGGAGGAGAACGGGUACUAUGAGCUCGUCCACCGCGCGUCGAAGGCGAAGAAGGAGAAGAAGAAGGCGGAGUACGAGGCGGCGAAGGCCGCGGCAAGGCCGGAGUUCGAGGAUAGUGCGGACGGCCCUCGUGCGCUGACGCGUGCGAUCCUCAAAAACAAGGGCCUGACCCCGCAGCGCAGCAAGAGCGUGCGCAACCCGCGGGUGAAGAAACGGCAGCGGUUCGAGAAAGCCAAGAAGAAGAUGGCUUCCCAGAAGGCCGUCUACAAGGACGGCGUCGGCAACAAGGGCGUGUACGAGGGCGAGAAAUCCGGCAUAUCCAAAGUGAUCAAGAGUGUCCGUCUGUAA